AUGGAGGUGUGGUUCUAUAUUGUAGCAUCUAUUUCUCUAUUAAUAUUCUUUCAAGCCCUUCUUAAUGCAAUUCAUAACAAGAAGUUACCACCAAGCCCUCCAACUAUACCUUUCAUAGGUAACAUUUUGUGGCUCUUAAAGUCAUCAAAAAACUUUGCUGAACUUGAACCUGUCCUUCGUUCAUUACGUUCUAAAUAUGGUGACAUUGUUACCAUUUACAUAGGUUCAAGACCUUCAAUUUUUAUAACAUCUCAUGAAACUGCUCAUAAAGCACUUGUUAAAAAUGGUACAAUUUUUGCUAAUCGUCCCUUAGCUCUUGAAACAACCAAACUUUUCUUCCCUAAACAACGCUCCAUUAGUAUGGCGUCUUAUGGUCCAAUUUGGAAACUAUUGCGCCAAAAUUUUAUGCAAGCGACUCAAUCUUCUAGAUUGAAUUUAUAUUCUCGUUGUCGUAAAUAUGCAUUGAGUGUUCUUAACAAAAAUAUUUUAGCUGAUAUUGAACUAGGAAAUAAGGAAAUACCAAUCGAUGAUUAUUUCAAUUUUGCAUUGUACACUUUAUUCACAUACAUGUGUUUGGGGGAGAAACUUGAUAAAGAAAGUGUUAAGAAUAUUCAAAGGGCGCAACAUUGUUUAAUUCACAAUUUUAUUAGAUUCAAUGUGUUGAAUUUUGUACCAAUGUUGAGUAGGAUUUUGUUCAGAGGAUUAUGGAAAGAGAUCUUGCAGAUUCGUGAAAAUCAAAUAAAUGUGUUUCUUCCCAUUAUAAAAGCACGUCAAGAGAAAAUUAAAAACAAGAUUAAUUUUGACUAUGAAGAUGAGGAAGAUUUUAAUGCUUAUGUUGAUACCCUUUUUGAUUUGAAACUACCAGAUAAUGGAAAAAAUCUAAAUGAUGAAGAGUUGGUGAGUUUGUGUUCUGAAUUUUUGCUAGGUGGAACAGACACAACAGCUACAACAUUGUCAUGGACCAUGGCUAAUUUAGUAAAAAAUCAAAAUAUUCAAGAAAAAAUUUACGAUGAAAUUAAAAAAGUUGUGAAACACAGUGAAGAAAUUGAAGAGAAACAUUUGAAAAGAAUGCCUUAUUUGAAGGCUGUUGUGUUAGAAACAUUUAGGAGACAUCCACCAGGUCAUUUUAUUUUGCCUAGGGCUGUUAUACAAGAAACGAAUAUGAAUGGUCAUAAGAUACCAAAAAAUGCAAUGAUUAAUUUUCCAGUGGCUGAAUUAGGGUGGGAUCCAAAUGUGUGGGAAAAUCCAAUGGAAUUUAAGCCUGAAAGAUUUUUGAAUGAAGGUGAUGUUGAUUUUGACUUAAAAGGGCUUAAAGAGAUUAAAAUGAUGCCUUUUGGUGCUGGGAGAAGAGUUUGUCCAGCAAUUGGUAUUGCAACGCUUCAUCUUGAAUAUUUUUUGGCUAAUUUGGUGAGAGAUUUUAAAUGGACAAUUGAAGAGGGAUUUGAGGUUGACCUGACUGAGAAGCAAGCCUUUACUAUUGUGAUGAAAAAUCCAUUGAGGCCAUGUUUGUCUCCUAGAAUUCCUUAA